AUGGCUCCCUUUGUACUCUCACAAUGCAGCGUCGACGACGGCACCGCCCUGGCCGCCAAUAGCAUCCCCGCUUUCUGGGUCGACCCGCACUGGGUCCUAGCCUGGCGCCAUCGAACCCUCGAGUACCACAUUUCGCAGAUAGCCCUACGCUUCCCCCGCAACCUGCUGAAUAAACGGGAAGUCUUGCGACAUCAGAGAGCAGUAGAUCCAGAGACGGGUCGCAUACUCGGCUACGCCCGAUGGUGCCUGCCACCAUCUUAUGAGAUGAAUCCAGAUGAUGGCACGCCGAUAUGGCCUGAAGCCCAGGUCCCGGCGGUCGAGCCCGAGAGAGAGGCGGAGAUUCGGCGGAUGGCCGAGACUGUUGUUUGGGACCCAAACAACGAUGCCGACGAGCUAUUAGAUCGUGUGAACGCGCUGGAGAAGGAAGUGACGCCGAAGACACCAUAUAUAAGUCUGGAAUACCUUGCUGUGCAUCCGGACAACCAGCGUAAAGGAGUCGGGACGGCAUUGGUGAAAAGCGGGAUGGAUCAAGCAGACAAGAUGGGGUUAGACAUUUUCGUCCACGCUUUGAGAGAGGGAGCUGAACUGUACAAACGAAUGGGGUUUCGACUCAUAGCAGAACUGGUCCAGGACGACUCUGCGUAUGGUGGGAGUGGGGAGUAUGGUGUGUAUUUCUUCAUCUAUGAGCCUGGAUCGAGGGCUGGUUCUGAAUAA